AAUUGACACUUGUGUUUUAUUCCGUGUUUCGAGUUAGGGAUUUUGCAGCCAUGCCUCGCCAACCACAGACGCCUCUAACCGAGGAAGAAAAGUUUAAAUUACAAGAGCAACAAGAACAAGAACUUGGUUGUUUACAACGCCAAUACUGUCUUUUAGAAAAAGACCGAAACCAGUUUGCAUGUGGUGCUAAAUUAAUGCGUUUUAAUCGAGUUUUGUCCAUUUACCAAAAAGAACACGCAAAUAUUGAAACCGACUUGGAAGUGGCAAGUGCACCUGCGAAGAAACACGAAGACCUUAAAGAUUCCAAUAAUCUAGGACAAUUAAUCGAAGAUCAUGAUUUUUAUGCCGAAGAAGUGAAAAAACAACGAAAAUAUAUACAAGAAAUCGAUGGUCAAAUAAAAAAUGUUGAAAAGCGAGUAACACAAUUGCGAUCAGAGCAAAUCACAGAUAGACAACAUGAAGAUCGAAUUUGGGCCGCCAUUACCACAAUCGAUCAAUUGAUGAACAAAUUAGAUGUCCAGAAUAAAAAAUUCGGGAUGUUCUGUGCGAAAAAUCGGGAUAUGAAACUGGAAAUUGAUAGAAUGUUGUGGGAAAGGGAUGUUUUCAUGGGGAUUUGGAACAAGAUGAUUGAUAAAUUAGUAAUGGGGAAAAAAUUUAUGAUGGAUCUCAUAGAACAAGCCACGAUUGCGUAUGAUCAAAGAGAAGAAUGGUGUUCAAAGUUGCAAGCUUUGAGACUUAAAGCACACCAUGAUUUUAUUCUUCACGUCCAAGAAAUGAGAGAAUUGAGACGAAAACAAGACAAUGACCAAAAACUAGAAGAGUUUUUCAAUAUUAAGGGACAAAAGCGAGUCAUGAGGGAUCUUAUGAGGAAAGAGCAAUUCAAGAGGAUGGAAAACAAAAUCAAGCUCAAAGACCGUAUGACUGAAUAUAAAAAAUACAUGAACGACAUUUUGGAGUUUGCUAAGGAACGUCAGAUUCAAGAAAUUGCCCGAAAAUAUUACAUUCAAGAAGCCGAAAACUUCAGUUUGUUUAAACGGCUUAAUAAUCUCAUUCAAGAAUUGGAGUUUCUCAGUGAUGAACUUGACACAGCUCAAACAAGCAUUGACGACGAAAAGGAAUUGCAUAAUGCCCGAGCUAGACAACAAAAAAAUACAAUACAAAGUUUACAAGAAGAUUUACAAACAAUCACACAAGAAGUAGAAGAAGAUGAGCAAAAACUGAAAGAAACUGAACGAUACAUCAGUCAAAUGUUAUCAGGAAUUGACACACUUUUUAAACUAUGUCGGUGUAACAAUGACCCUGUUUUACAACUUCUUGGUGACAAUGCAACUAUCAAUGUUUAUAACGCAUUGUUCUACCUUGAACAAGUGGAAAAAACGGUUCACGAAGCAAUGAUUCGGGUUUAUUCUCACGAAACUCGAAAAAAAGUUUCAGGAACACAAAGAACCGUCAAGGAUAAUAGAACCAAAGGAGAGCUACGAAACAUUGAGCAAUUUGGAGUGUCAAAUCCUUGUCCUUUAUGUUUUGAAUAUGAAAUGGUGAGUGAUGUAAUCGAUUCGUUACAACACGUGUUGAGCAGAGACGAGGCGAAGGAAGUACUAGCCGAGCGUUUGAAAUCGCCUGAAAUUGCUGAAAAAUUACACAACGUUUCAGCUUGCUACUUGCCAAAAUCGCGCGAAAUCAUCCAGAAACGCUACCAGUGAAAUGCGAGGUCACGGCUUAGUUAAUAAAUUUUAAUCAAAGUUGUUGUUUUUUUGUGUCAAAAUUUUGACUUAAAAA